AUGUCUGACGCCGGCCGCAAGGAUCUCCACACCAAGAUCGGUGAGGGCAUCACUCCCGACUCCACCAAGUCCACCCAGCAGAAGAUGAAGGAGACCGUCACCGACACUGGCGACAAGUUCGCUCGUGGCACCCAGCCCGACCAUGACAAGUCUCUUGGCCAGGAGGCCUCCGACAAGGUCUCCCGCAGCCACGACCGCGAGGCCCACGGCUCCUCCGGCGGCUCCAUCCUCGACAAGACCAAGGGCGCUCUCGGCCUUGACAAGCACUAG